UGUAUGUUUGGCCCUUUUAUUCUUGUAUAUACAGAAUUACAAUAAGGUUUUCGGAGAAAUAAACUAUGGGCCAUCUUUGGAAUACUGUAGUUAAUUGUUAACCCCUCAUGCUUGCAUUAUCCGUUUCAAAUGAAGUUAAAAUUGAGGAUAACUCUAAUUUUAGCAUUAUGCCUUCUAAUGGUUGUUACUUUAGCUUUUUAUUUCAGUUAUUCGCAAUUUGAUCUUCAGAAAGCUGAAAGUCAGCAGCUGUCCAAGCAUUUCACAAAGUCGUCUCAGGCUUUGCUAAAACCAGAUUUAGAAAUUGAACAAACAUUCAACAACUUAAGCAUCACAAGUGUUGCUGCCCUUGCUGCAAUAAAAAUCAAUACUAAACUACAAAACAUGAAUUUUUCAUUAAGCGAAAAAUUGAGAAGUGAUUAUCAUAGUAUUGUGCAAUAUGUCAAAGAAAAUUUGCGAAUUGAUCUGAAAAUGAAAGUAUCGCCUUGGAGUUUAGCUGCUGGUUGGGUCAAACCAAGAGAAAUUCAUGCUGAGAACACGCCUGAGUUGGGUUUUGUUUUAGAUGCACUUGUUACAAAUCCGAUCAUUCAUGCUGGUGUUGGUUACAAAGGCACACAAUUGAAAAUGAUGCUUACCCUUGAUGGCGGCCAACAAGUUAUCUUUAAGCCAAUGAAAUAUUAUCGAGACUAUGUUGUGACUGGUUUGCCGUAUGCUGGUGCAGAUCGUCAUAAUGGGGAAAUUGCUGCAUUUCAUUUGAACAGGAUUCUUGGCCUUUGUCGAAGUCCUUUAACUGUUGGUAGACUUAUAAAUCUUAGAGCAGAAGUGUUACCAGUUGCUUCUGAAAGUUUGUCCAAAACAUUUUUCAUGAGAGAAAAUGAUACGUGCUUUUAUGGUCAUUGUUACUAUUGUUCCCCUGCUGAUCCAGCGUGUGCAUCAGGAGACUUGAUGGAAGGUGCUAUGAUACUCAUGUUUCCUGAAAAGUAUAGACUGAAAAAAUAUCGCAGCCCAUGGCAGAGAACUUAUAAAGAGGCAGUCACUGCUCGAUGGGAGCAGGACUUCAACUACUGUGAUCAAAUUCGAAAAAUUAAAAUGUACUCGAAGGGAAAUAGGCUGUUGGACUUAAUAGAUGCUUCUGUAUUUGACUACUUAAUCGGAAAUGCUGACCGGCAUCAUUAUGAGGUUUUCACUGAUUUUCCUGACAGCAUUGUUAUUCUGCUGGAUAAUGGAAAAAGUUUUGGAAAUCCAUAUUGGGAUGAAUUGACUAUAUUAGCACCUCUUUACCAAUGCUGCAGAAUACGUAGAAAGACCUAUGAAAGACUAUGGACAUUUCUGGAUCAUCUAGGGGUAUCUUUAAGAGAUAUUUUAAAUUUAGAUCAAUUAGCUCCAAUUUUAUCACAACCACAUUAUGAAUCUCUUGACCGACGAUUAAAAACAAUUAUAGCAGCCAUUGAUGUUUGUAUUGAAGAAAAUGGUGAAGAAAAAGUUCUUGUGAAUACUUUAUAGCCUCUGAUUAGUUGAAGCAUGCAUUAUUUAUUCCAAAUAUUUAAAUGACUUUAAAAGGAUUUUUUACCAUUUGUCAAUAUAUGGAGUACAUUUUCCAAACUUUGUAAUUUCAAUGUAAAUAUUGUUUUUAAAGUAUUUUGUAGAUUUAUGUAAAUAUUUUUUGCAUUUCUGAGGUUAAUAGUAGAUGUUAUUUGCUUGUUACAAUUAUUUUGUUACUGUUUGUGCCAAAUGCUUUCUAAUCAUUUUGAU